GUCACUUGUCAGACGAGUAUUGUCAUUUGUAGCUUAUAUUGAUAAACAGGAGCGCUCGUUGUGCGGUUUAAUGGAUUUUUUGAAUUAAUGAUAUGUGAUUACUCUAUAUUCGUAAUCUAAUAUUUUGUUCUAACAUGGGUCUUUUAUCCGAUCCAGAAUAUGGGUCGGUAAAAUGGGUCAGGGUACUAAAGAAAGUGCAUUCGCCUCUGUGUUUUAUUUUUUACGUUUGUGCUAUUGGAUGGUUUUUUAUGUUAGCACACAGAGAAUUCAAUAAUGAAACUUAUUUCUCAGAGAAUGCUUUAUUACCCGGUUUAGUUACUAAUGAAUUUGACGCCGAGUACUCGGCAAAUAAGUUUUAUAAGGAAUUCCUCCAAGAAUUAGAGGAUAAAUAUGAAGAUAGCGAUGAAAUGCCCGUACCCUGGCUGGUUGGCAAGAUGUCUCAGUUAGAUCUCGAAGUCUACACUCACAAUUUUACACUGAACUAUCCUCUAGGACAUGGACAGGUUUACAAAGGAACAAAUGUAUAUGGCAUUCUAAGAGCACCUCGAACUUCUUCUUUAGAGGCAUUGGUGGUGACCGCACCUUUUCGUUCAUUAUCCAGUCAUCAGAAAGGAACUGCAGCUGGUAUAGGAUUGAUGCUGGCAUUUGCACAGUUUGCUAGACCCCAAAAGUACUGGGCCAAGGAUAUAAUUUUCUUGAUCACGGAACAUGAGCAAUUAGGAAUGCAGGCGUGGUUAGAAGCUUAUCACGGUCUACGAAGACAGUCUGAUACUUUCUAUACGAGUCUCAGCAGCUUCUGGCAACCUGGCGGCGAGUUGUUCAAGCAUUUGAAGGUUUUGGAGAAAAUCAGCGAUCAAACUAAAUGUUUAGAUCCCGGCACAUUGAAAGGGAGAUCGGGAUCUAUACAGGCUGCUAUCAAUUUAGAAUUUCAUACACCAAAAUUUAAAUAUAUUGAAGUCAAAGUUGAAGGUCUGAACGGGCAACUACCAAAUUUGGAUUUGGUGAAUCUAGUACACAAGCUGUGUAUUAAGUCAAAUUUACAUCACUCAUAUAAAAAUAGCUAUUCCUGGAUCAGAACGAGAAAUAAAAUGGAUGAAUGGAUGAACAAUGUAUGGACCAUGUUAGGUAUGGUUGGGAGCCAGAUAGCCGGGGUUCCAAAUGGCAAUCAUGGUUUGUUCCAUCGCUUCAAUAUUGAGGCUCUUACUUUGGAGGGUCGUGAUGCUUCAGACCCUGGCCAGCCUCCCCGGAUCCACUCCCUCCACCAGGCUAGUUUUCACCGCCUCGGCAUCACAUUGGAGAGUAUACUUAGGUCCCUUAACAAUCUACUGGAACGGUUCCACCAGAGUUACUUCUUCUACAUGCUGGCUGCUACUAACAGGUUUAUAUCUAUUGGUCAGUACAUGCCAUCACUGUGUCUUCUGUGUGGUGCUAUGCUCAUACGAGCUCUAUCACUGUGGGUGACGUUACAGAAGGAUGAUGAAAAAGAUGAAGCUAUCGGUGAUACAAAAGUAGCGGAAAAAGAUAAAUUAGGAAAUAAUGUUAAUGAUAAAGCAGAAGGUGACGACGAAAAAAUUGCAAGAGAAACAGAUGCUAAGGAGUUAACAAAAGAAGAAACUCAAGAGAUUACACAAGAUAUAGAUAAAGAUAAGUCCGAAAGUGUUAUGCGGGGGACGGAAGAUAAGGUCGCUAACAUUACCAAAGAUAAAUAUAUAGGAAAAGAACAGACAGAGAAUAACUUAGAAGAGAAAGAGGAACUUAAAAAUAGUCGAGUAAACGGCUUUAGUAUAGCCAAUGUAGGUGGUAACUAUUUGCUAGUGCAUCUCAUGGGAUAUACAGUCAUGAAUUUACCACCGCUCUUCACUUAUAUUGGUGCCAUACACUUCUCUCUAGCGUCCGAGGUGUCCGUGUUUUAUGGGAUGCUGUCCUCGUCAGCUAUAUUCAUACUAUUAUCGCCAAAGUGUUUGAGAACCCCGUCCGAGCUGACGCGCGAUGAGGUGACCGUAGUCAACAUACUGAUGUUAAUAGAGCUGUCCACCGCGUGCCUCGCUAUCGGUGUCCAUAACUUUCCGCUGGGCGUCUGCUUGGCCGCUCUGUACACGCCGCUGGCGUUAAUCGUCGGGGUUGUGGAAGAUAAGAAACAAGGAAGACUCAUCCUGUUCGUUAAGCGGGUUGUCUGUUUGUUGCUGCAGCCUUUACUCAUUCUGAUGAUUCUGAUGAUCCUAUAUUCGCGGGUUCUGUUCCCCGAGGAAGGUAUUUUCUUGAUGGCGAGUCGUGGUAAGGACGCCGCUAUGCAAGCCAUCAUGUUCUCUAUAGUGGAUUCAAUGAUUUACGGCAACUGGUUGUUCAACAUUGUGUGCACGGUCAUUUUACCGACUUGGAUAUUGUCGUGGCAGAUUUUGUGGAACAGAGUCCAAGUCUAAUAUAAGCUUAUUUAUGUACUUUCCAAAUAAUAAAGUAUUAUAAAUGU